CGGUGUUAAACAUCACUGAGAAAGAUCUCUUCCGUGAACCUCUUGACCUCGCAUUGCACCUGUGAGUGUUUUUUUGAAAUUCCUCUUGCGGUGGACUACGAAAAAAGUCGACAGUCGAUGAUCCUGACUUCUUGUUUCUAUUACGUCGUUAGCUAGCUACUUGUAGUCUAAGCUUUGUUUGGUUAAGUUCUCUGGCCUUGUUAUUUGGCGGGAUGGAGAAUGCUAGCAUAGCUAAUAGUAUGAAAACAAUUUCUCAUCGACUUGGUGUUGAGAAAUCAAGUUAUGAAAAUGGUAGCCAUGGGCACUUGAGACCCCUGUCUGUGUAUGCCAGGAGGAUGGUAUCUUGUGGAAAUGUUCAGUCAAACAUCAACCAUUUGUGGGAAAAUUCAAAUCCAUUUUGCAACUUGAAAAUAGAGAUUGUGACCAGUAGUGAUUCCAAAAGUCAGAAAAGGCGACUUGAUGACUCUUGCCUUGAUGAUACUUAUGAGACUCCUGCUAAAAAGCUCUGGAACCCACAAAAUACUGUGUCCCCAGAUCUUGCAUGUGUCAUAGAUUCCUGGAACCCCCUUCCAGAAAUACACCAAGCCUCAUCUGGCCCUAAAACGGUGUCAUCAGGUGUGAAGAAUUUGGUAGUAGACCACGAGGAAGGUAGGACACCAGGUUCAGGGCUCAGCGUUAAGCAUGUUAAAAGUGAGCUCUCAGGGGUGUCAGAUGGUAGACAGGGGGGUAUGCUGCCAGGCAGUUUAUAUCCAAACCCACUAGAGUUGGAUCGAGAGAAUGUGGCACUGGACUAUGGUACUGCCUUUGACUGUGACAUUGACGAUAUCAUGUGCCUGAGCCCCAUACACAGUGACAGCAGCAGCAAUGACAGUAUUGAUGAUUUAAUCUCAAGCUGCCAGAGCCUUUAUGAAUAUAGCAAUUCUGACAAGGCUGGUGGCCAAAACUAUUCUGUCUUAGAUCAAAGUUUGCUAAAAGAGUCUGCCCAAAAGCAGGGUCUGGUAAAACAGAGGGCAGGGGAACAGAAGAGGUUUCUUGGUGGUGAGAGCUUUUCUGGGUCCUUUCUGAAUGCACUUAGAGAACAAAAGAAGGAUGUGUGUGAGGCAGAGACACCUCUGCGGCCCCAGGCCUUCUCCAGCAGCACUUUGGUCAGUGUGAGAGCGAAAGGGGUGCAGCUGCUGGCUUCACUGUUGGAGGACAGAGUGGAACGGAAGGCUCCCUGUCCCCUGGAACCCAAGAAAGGCCAAGCUGAGGUGUGUCAGCAGCACCUCUCCUUCAGCCUGGAGGACUCCCUCGAUACGUGUGGGGCCUUGUUGAUUCCAGUGGAGGGUGCAGAGGAAUGUUUAGACGGAGCCACAGGGGAGGUUUGGAACAUAGGAGACCCUUUACUCCAGUCCUCAGUUUGUCACUGUAGCACAGACCCACUCGUAGAAGUGUGUGAUGAGAGAAGUGAGGGAAAGGAGGAGGGGAAGAACAAGGGAGGCGUGAUUAGUUCAGCCCAGGAGUGGCAGGUGGAGGAGGUAGCUGUGGAGACGAGCUACGAGACUACUUUGCCUCUGCAGGUCCAGGUCAGGUCGGUGGUUGUGGUUCCCGACCUCCAGAUCAGCAACAAAUCACCAACUCUUCAGUCUCCACCUAAACAGAAUGAGAGCAAAAGCCCCCCUCAACCCAGAGAGGUCCAAAAGAAGACCCAAUUUCAACACAAAGAGAGCAACAAAAAAGACCGGAAGGCCACCAUGUCACGGCCGGUGGUGUUUGACAGGGAGAAGGACUGGCAGCAUGAGAAGAGGGUCUACGCGGACUCAGUCACCCGUCACAUGAAGGAGAAUGUAGGGGUAGGACAAGGGGUGAUGACAGAGCUGCACAACCUGAUGGACCAUGUAGCACACCAGGGACCAGGCUUUAAUGGCCAGCAAUGGCAGCACCCAUCUGACCUCACACGCAGAAAUUACGAAGUGCGUUUUGGCAAUGAGGUGCUAAAGUUCAGUUUGGACCAAUGGAGGUAUCAGAGCUACAGAAAACAUAAGCGCUUUGCCUUGGUCCCAAAGCUUUUCAAGAGGAAUACAAAAAAUUAAGUCAGAGAAAGCCUGACCAAACUGUUCUUAAGUUGGUUUAAAAUGUUUCAAAAUGUUAGCACUUGUCUCUCUUUUUUUUAUGAAGACCCUGGCAAGAGACUGUUAUUAAAAAAAAAAGAAUCGUGAAGAGGGCUGCAUUUGCAGUUAUGGCAGGACCGGCACAACUGUUCUUAUCUUUGCUGUUUAUUAUGUUUGGGGUUUUUCUUGCAUGCGUGAAAUGCUUUUUGGAAGUUAUAAUAUUAUGUUAAUAUUGAUUGCUGUGUGAGUUGAUAAAUAUUGCAGAUUUAGUUAUUAUUAUUAUUUGUUUGUUUUGUUAUUGUGCUUUUUAAGUCAUGAGCCAGUGCCUCCAAAUUUUCCAGAAUCUAGCAAAAUCCAAGAUCCAUGUGUCAAGUUUACUUUACGUCUUUCUAAUAUAUUAGCCUGGCACAUUUUGCUGGUGUUUGAUAUAUCUCUGGUCAGACAACUCUUCAUAGGACACUCCACCAAAAAAAU